AUGGCCGCCGCUCCUGCUCCCCCGGUGCCCCCAGUGGCGGCGACAGCCCUCACAGAUGCUGUUGUGAGCCUUGAAAAUACAAGAGAGCCACCGACUCUUCACUCGCAUCAUCGUGCCAAUUCAGCCCUGUUCACACCUCUUGCCAUUGCCAAUGGCCGUAUCAUACUCUCCCAUCGAGUUGUCAUGGCGCCGAUGACCCGCAAUCGGGGGGUUCCUUUAUAUGUCAGCAGACCUAACCGUGCCUGGGGUCAUGAUGAACUUGGUGUUACCUACUACGCCCAACGAACCACCCCCGGAGGCCUCAUCAUUACAGAAGGCAUCUAUCCUACGGUUGAAGCGUCUGCAUCCCCCUGUGCCCCGGGAUUGUUUCUCCCCGAACAGGUACCCGGCUGGAAAGCGGUCGUCGAUGCCGUGCAUGACAAGGGUGGCUACAUCUACGCUCAACUCUGGCACGCAGGAAGAUCAUGCUUGCCUCAUUUCACUGGCGCACCCGCGGUGUGCCCCAGUGCUACCCCCUUCGAGGGGGAUCACAAGUCGCGUUACGCACCUCCUGACGACGACAGUGGGGCACCAGGUCGCGGAGAAAGCAUCCAAAUGAGCCAUUAUCCGCCAAAGGAGAUGACCCACGAAGACAUCAAGCGAACGAUAGGAGCUUACGUGGACGCAGCCAAGCGUGCUGUCUUUGAAUGUGGCUUUGACGGCAUCGAGGUCCACGGUGGCAAUGGAUAUCUGGUUGAGCAGUUCCUCAGCACCAACAUCAACAAGCGGACAGAUGAAUACGGGGGCACGGUUGCUGGGUACUGCCGAUUUCCCCUGGAGCUCAUGGAGGCUUUGGCCGAGGCCGUUGGAGGGGACAACGUUGCUCUCCGUUUGUCGCCCUUCGGUCUCUUCCUGCAGUCAUAUGGCGAGCAGAGAAUGGAAAUCUGGUCCCAUCUAUGCCAAGGUCUCAAGCAGAGGAUACCAGCCAUGUCGUACAUCCAUUUCAUCGAGCCAAGAUUCGAGCAGAUCAUCGACCCUGCCACCAAAGACUCAUAUUUGAAAUCCCUCGGAGAUAACAUCAGCCUCCAGCCUUUCCGCAAGAUCAUGGGAUCGACCCCAUUCUUCAUCUCAGGCGGUUACAACGACACGAAUGUUUGGGGAGUGGUUGAGUCGGGCACGGCCGAUGCGAUUAGUAUCGGCCGCUACUUCACAUCCAAUCCUGAUCUCGUGUCUCGCCUGAGACACGGCAAGGCGCUUACAAAGUACGAACGCGACCGAUUCUAUUGGGUACCGUUCGAAGAACGAGCUCGUGGUUAUACAGACUACUCACCUUGCGAGGAAUGA